AUGCCCUUCAAUGUUUUCAAACGUGGACCCCAUCCCCAACCUCCCCCGCCGCGAAAAACCACUUUAGACGUGGCGGAUAUUCUGCAAGGUUUUGAUUUUAUCUCCCGUUGGUUACACGAAUACCGACCGGGGAAAGAAUUCAGAAUCGUUGUAUCUGGAGCCGGGAGAGCCUGUCCAAACAGCGUACACUGGCCCGUUAACUGGAUUAAUGCCGAGAUGGUGGCAUACGUGCUAAACAACGAAGGCUGCGAGCAUUUAUUCCAAAAUUCCGUCGCCAAAGGCAUCAUGCUGUACUCAUCGGGAAAUUUUAAAGUUUACGCCGCAGAUUGGAGGUUUCAAUUGGUUGGGAAGAUUCGAAGGGCGUAUGAUGCGUACUUGGACCAUGAACCUAGUCCGAAGGAUUUGUACGACGCGGUUGACAUACUGCAUAUUCUGAAUGUGAAGGAUGGAAGGAAUCAGAGGAGUUCGGACAUGAAGAAAUGGUAUUAUUAUGGGUAUCGGAUGGGGUCCAAGGAAGUUGAUAUUUGCCCGAAUGUUGCGCAGCAAGAAUGGAACCUGCGGGAGGCGGCCCGCAUUGGCAGUCCAGGAAGGACACUCCUCCCAUGGUGGAUUGGCAUCGUCCUUGUACUUGCUCACGAGAAAAGGAUCAUCACGGGUAAUCCCCCUGCGGAUUCCAAGGGAAAUUUUAUAAUUGAAGGCCUGCACGAGUGCUUCAGCCAUGGCCGCCAGGAUGGCGUAUCGGGUGGCGUCAGGAUCCUUUGGAUCUGGAAUGUCGACGAGGCGCCAGGUUGGCUGGUUGUGGAACCAAUAUUGGGAUUCCAUCAUCAUCUCGUCCUCGUCGAAAUCGACAGUGCAUUCAUAGAGGCGAUAAAGCGUACAUAG